GACGUGAACGGUGCGAUAGAGUAGCCUAUCUUGGAGAGAAGACAGUCAGUAUCCUAUAGACAACAUAGAAUAGAAGAUACGUAUCCUCAUCUCACAAAACCUAGUCUAAAUUACCGUUUGGCAUAAAAUAUGUCGAAAACCGUUGGCGAUACAUUAAUUGGUGUCCUUGAUGACUUGGAAGAGGCUGAAUUGAAGAGGUUCAGACGUAAACUCUGUGACCGCAAGCAGGAACCAAAAGUUCGCAAGGGUAAUGUUGAGAACGCGGACCCAGUGGAUUUGGUAGACCUUCUGACCCGUACUUUCACUGAAGACGGGGCUCUGAAUGUGGCUAUAGAGGUCUUGGGUGCAAUUAACUGCCAGAAUGUCGCAGAGGAACUGCUGGAAUUCAAGAAAUGUAAGUCGAAUAAAGUAGGAGGCACGUCCAUUGGACAUUUAAAAAAGAAAAUAUAUAUUUAAUUUCAUAUCUUUGACUGGUUUAAAAACCACUAAAGUUAACGCAAAAGUCGGCUAGAAAACUUUAUUAGACCAAGGGCGAAAAUAAAUUGCAUUGAAAUGUCCAUAACGAAUGUAAGGAAAACUUUAAGGAAGUUGACAGUUUUACUUUCACUUAUGAGUGCAUUCUAUUUUGCUCAUCUGGGCUGAAUGAUAGCAUACAGUAGCAUAUAUAUACAUUUGCAACUCAAAAUAAGCAUAAUACAUUAUGCAAUAAACACACAUUUCGAUUGCUUGCUGAUUUUGAUUUAUCUUUAGGCCUACUAUUCAUAUUUGUAUUCGAUUGAUGGUGUCUCAUGAAGCCUAUUUUACAGCUCAAGGAUCUUGCGUAACAUCGGGUGCUGCAAUGGCAAGUGCACCUGGACCAAAGAACAUGAUCAAAGGUAAACACUAAACCAGGUGUUAUAUAGCCUAAUGUCUCAAAUAGGCCUACGUUAUUUAAACAAAUAUUUUACUGUAAUUAGUAAUGGUUUAUGGGGAAUCAUUCAAUACCUAAAGUAUUCUAUCACAAAAGUCCUUCCUUUUAAUUUAUUCUCCAACAUACUGUUGGUGCAACUGCUGCCCUCUAGAGUCUUCAACAGUAUUUUUCACUCCCCAUAGCCUAUUUAAUCCUGUCUGAAUUAGAAAAAGUGCAUCACGCCUAUCCUCCAAUUUGCACACCCUACACACAUGCACGCACACACAGAAACAAGCAACAUUAAAGGAGGCGUGUAGAGAUAUAGCCCCCUAUCAAAUACAUUAUGUAUGCUUUGCAUUCCAUCACCUCCAAAAGUCCCAAACCAUGUCCUAUCUCUACCUCAGACAAACACUUUGUGGACCAUCACCGGACGGCCCUGAUCGACAGAGUGACCCAGGUGGAACCCAUCUUGGAUAGACUCCUGGAGAAGGAAAUCAUCACCGCAAAUGCCUACAGUGACGUGAGGGCUGAAAAAACCAACCAGAAAAGAAUGAGGGAGCUCUUCGAUGGCCCUUUGAAAGCAUGUGGGACCAAAGGCAAAGAUAUAUUCUUAGAUAUCCUGAUAGCUCUGGAGCCAUGGCUAAUCAUUGACCUGAAAGGGGAAUAAUGGCCAUUUCAGAUUUUUUUAAAGGCAAGGGACAAGAAUGUGAUGAUAAUAAUGCACACUGGUUUACAGUAUAUUCUUAAAUUGGAAAAAUGAAUUGUCUCCAAAGUUUGCAAUAAAUGACAGAAUUUUCUAUUGAUGGCAGUUUUUUCUUUUCAUGAACAAAUACUCAGUUGUGAAUUUUAACCAGCUAGCUGUUUUGAACUCAACAAUAGAAAACAUACACAUACAUGAAG